AUGCUCUCUGAUCCAGAUUUUCGGGAACUGGUGACUUUGCCUCUUCCAACUUUAGUCCUCAGAGCUUUUUCCAAAGCUGGCUAUACUAGCGUCGGAGAGGUCUGUGGGCUAACUGUAGAACAAAUCGCAUCAGUCUGCCAUUUACCGCGAUCCAAGGCUGCCUCAGUAGCAGAUAUCAUUCAAACAUACAGUAGUCUUAAUAUAGGCUACAUUUAUGCCACGGGACACUGUCUCACCAAUAAUCUCUUCUAUCCUCACUCCGCUCUUCAUUUACUACAUCACCAGUCCAUGGAUUUGAGUAUUCCAGAGCGAUCUCCGGCUACCGGUGUUUUAACAAUGUCCAAGAACCUGCAAACCUGUCUUACGGUUCAGUUGCCCAAUUGGUGUGGCGGACUGUUUGGCGAGGCUGUUUUUAUUGACACGGAGGGCAACUUCAUGCCGAAACGCUUGCUUCAGAUGGCUGCGGACUUGGUGAAACACUGCCAGGCUAAGAUUGCUCCUCGUGUUUUGCAGUAUAUUGACAGCCUUGGUGAAACCGCUGCAGAUGCGGAGGAGAAGGCUGCUUGCCUUGAGGCCCUAUCAGAACUACCCACAGAAGAUAGCCUCUUGAGCAGGAUUCAUUACAUCAGGUGCACCGACUACCUUCGAUUGCUUAGAGCGGUCCGUCUUCUGGGAGAGUUCUGCCGUUAUCACACUAAUGUAAGACUCAUUGUGGUAGAUAGUAUCGCCCUACCCUUCCGUUACGAAUUCGAUGACAUUCCCCAACGAAAUCGUUUACUGGCUGCCCUUUCACAAUCCCUCCUUGCACUUGCUGGUUCUCAGAAUGCAGCUGUAAUAGUGACCAACCAGAUAACGACAAGAAUUCACCAGUCUACCGAUUUUUCCACCACCAACAACUCAGCAAGUAUCACAAGCGCCAACCUAGUUCCCGCCCUUGGAGAUAGCUGGGGUCACAUCUGCUCUGUGCGCCUAUUCCUCUCGAAGGUGGACGACUUUGCCGGAGAACACCGCACAGCCCGGCUCCUCAAGCACCCCGGCCGCCCUCCUGGCACCGCCACUUACCAGGUCACGGUGCGUUGCUGA